UGUCUGCUGAAUCGCCUAUUACGGGGAUCUUUAGAUUACGUUCUGUGAGUAUCGUCGUUAACACUAUACAAUUAAACUGAUACAUAUACAAGCGAAGGGAAACCUGAUCGUUCAAACCUCUCCCUCUAAUCCUCUUACUCAAGUUGGUGACGUGACAUUGUUGGUUUACAGACUUUCCCUGGUGGACAGGAGUUAUUCCGAACUGACCGGAACAAUCGGGAACAUUAUACGAACAACGGUUCGCCGGAGUGUACGUGACAGGGUUUCUUUGCCAGGCGGUGGACAGGUGUUCCGAGGAGAAAUACUAGGACAUUAAGAGGAAGAAGCGUCAGUAUAAGACGUUGUAGUAUUGUGAGGAGUAAGAUACAGCGCCAUGCAGCACUUUCCCUAUCAUUACACACCAGAACACCUGGCAUGUCUAAGGAACUACCAAAUAGGACUACUAGCCGCAUCCACACAGACAAAUUCCUCAUUGUUCACAAUCGAGAACAUUUUGUCACCAAGAACUCCUCAGCCUCAGCAACCGCCCCAGCAGCCGACCCGACGUUUUGCCCCUCACACCUUCCCAAACCUCUCGCCACUCCACAGGGAUUACCUCGUGCGAUAUCACUACCCUUUCCAUGGUAUCUUUAAUUCACUGGAUAUCGAGAAAUUGGGACAAAAAAGGAAGAGAAGGCAUCGGACAAUCUUUACUGAAGAACAACUGGAGAUGCUGGAAGGAACUUUUCAGAAAACCCACUACCCAGACGUUCUUCUCCGCGAGGAGCUGGCCAUGAAGGUGGAUCUUAAGGAGGAGAGAGUCGAGGUUUGGUUCAAGAAUCGAAGGGCAAAAUGGCGGAAAGUAAAACGUGAAGAUGAGGCCACAAAGCAAGGUCAUUCUGGCUCGAAAGCAAAAUCCACCAUUACGUCAGAGGCUCAAAAGACUAGGAUAUCGGAAAACGAAAGUGCUGAUGAUAACGACGAUGAGUUGGGAGAAGAUAUGACGAUUUGUGUAGAUGACGAUUUUAGUACGUCGAGUCCUCUUCAGAGAGAAGAAAAUGAAAGUGUUUCUAGUGAUGAUUCGCAUUGCGAUGAUGAUGACAGCAGUCACGUUGACGACAGAAAAGACAAUGGUGCCAAAAUAGAGAAUGCAAACACCAGUAACAGUACUACAUCUAUUGUGCAAAACGACAAUGUUUCAUUAGAAUCACAUGGUAGUGUAAAAGAGGACGAUCAAAAUUCAUCAAGGUGAUGUGGAUACAGAGACAUAACAGCCAUAAUUACUAUUUAAAUAUUUCAUUAUAACGUUAUGUGUAUGUACCGUAGACGUUCGUACAUUACCACAUAGCUCCCCAUUAGUAGGACGAAAUACGUUGUGUAACAGGGUAAUUCGCCGACAAUUGGACAUUAGCGGAAUUAAGACAGCGCAUUAGUAGUGUUACUGCCAGGAUUAUGUCGAGCCUCGUUUUUAAUGUUUGUGUCGUUAAGUACAAUACGAUGGCUAGUGGCAGAUUCAUCAAUGUUUAAUGAUGUGUUCUUUGGUAUUUCGGUACAGGUACCCGAAUGUAAAAAGAUGCAGUGGUCUACGUAGUCGUACGACGUCCAUAUUUUGUCCAGGCAAACGUCAUCUGUUUGUGUAAAGACUAUACACAUGAAGCAAUAUAUGAACAAAGCUAAACAGUAAUGGUCCACUGUACGAGACAGUAAUGUUCCACUGUACGAGACAGUAAUGUUCCACUGUAUAAUACAGUAAUGUUCCACUGUACGAGACAGUAAUGGUCCACUGUACGAGACAGUAAUGUUCCACUGUACGAGACAGUAAUGUUCUAGUGUACGAGACAGUUAUGUUCCACUGUACGAGACAGUAAUGUUCCACUGUACGAGACAGUAAUGUUCUAGUGUACGAGACAGUAAUGGUCCACUGUACGAGACAGUAAUGUUCCACUGUACAAGACAGUAAUGUUCUAGUGUACGAGACAGUUAUGUUCCACUGUACGAGACAGUAAUGUUCCACUGUACGAGACAGUAAUGUUCUAGUGUACGAGACAGUAAUGUUCCAUUGUACGAGACAGUAAUGUUCCACUGUACGAGACAGUAAUGUUCCACUGCACGAGACAGUAAUGUUCCAUUGUGAGAAAGAAAUGUUUCAUUGUACGAGACAGUAAUGUUCCACUGUACGAGACAGUAAUGUUCCACUGUACGAGACAGUAAUGUUCCACUGUACUAGACAGUAAUGUUCCACUGUACGAGACAGUGAUGUUCCACUGUGCGAGACAGUAAUGUUCCACUGUACGAGACAGUAAUGUUCCACUGUACGAGACAGUAAUGUUCCACUGUACGAGACAGUAAUGUUCCACUGUACGAGACAGUAAUGUUCCACUGUACGAGACAGUAAUGUUCCACUGUACGAGACAGUACUGUUCCACUGUACGAGACAGUAAUGUUCCAGUGUACGAGACAGUAAUGUUCCAGUGUACGAGACAGUAAUGUUCCAGUGUACGAGACAGUAAUGUUCCAGUGUACGAGACAGUAAUGUUCCACUGUACGAGACAGUAAUGUUCCACUGUACGAGACAGUAAUGUUCCAUUGUACGAGACAGUAAUGUUCCACUGUACGAGACAGUAAUGUUCCAUUGUACGAGACAGUAAUGUUCCACUGUACGAAACAGUAAUGUUCCAUUGUACGAGACAGUUAUGUUCCACUGUACAAUACAGUAAUGUUCCACUGUACGAGACAGUAAUGUUCCAUUGUACGAGACAGUAAUGUUCCACUGUACGAGACAGUAAUGUUCCACUGUACGAGACAGUACUGUUCCACUGUACGAGACAGUAAUGUUCCACUGUACGAGACAGUAAUGUUCCACUGUACGAGACAGUAAUGUUCCAUUUUACGAUAGUCCUGUGUUGUUGACUUUGAUGUAUAUGUUGUUGUAUUUGAGAUAAAUGCCAUAGAUGUGCCGUUUUAAAAAUCUCAAUGUUUGUCUUAUUGUCAUAAAUACAAUAAAAUAGUGAUAAGAAAAGA